GCUCUCAUUUUCCUCCACCUUACCCACCUAACCGCGUCUCCCAAAUCCAGGGAGCUCUCCUGAUCUCGUCAUUCCCCAUUCUAAAGCAUCAAACUGAUGUCGGGCCUUGUAUCAGCUGCACUCAUUAUCAUUGGCUCCAUGGCGGAUUUUCUAAUCACCCGGAAUCGUAGCCCGUGCAGGGUUUCUUAACCGACGACGUUUCGAACCGUUUAGACCCGUUACGCCCAUUUUGACACAUUUCCCUGCUGGUUUGGACGAUCUGACGUUUCAUGUGGGGACGAUCUUUGUCGGUUUAGCUCCUCCCACCCACACCCUAGCAUUCCCCACCAAAUCGUAGCGGGCUGGCGCUUCUGGAAUCGCGCUAGCCCAAUUCCCAGCAAUCCCGAUGAAGCCCCGCAGAAGGGCUACACAGCGCGCCCCGCGGAAGCAGCCGCCUGGCGCAGACGGCGCGGGCCGCCGGUGCGGAGGAUGCUUGCUGUUCGUCGUGAUCGCCACCAUCUGCGUGCUCGUGUGGGCGUCCACCAACCAAUCCGGCGGCGCGGGCGCUGCGCUCAUCGAGUCCAUCAAGCAACGGCACGCGAGCCUACGAGGCGAUGCGCAACCUGCGGGAUUCGUCACGGGGAGCGCGGCGGAGAAAGAGGCGGCGACUUUCGUGUCAACAAUCCCGUCGUUUUCGCUUUCAGCGGGCAGCGGUUCCGACGACGGGGAAAGCGCAGCGGCUGAAGUAGCCACAGGGGGGUCGGGGGGGGAGGACCCGGGCGAGGAUCGCGAGGGGGAGGGGCAGUUCGGCGUGCCGCGUGAUCCGGUGGACGAGCAGCCGAUGAAAGCGGACGAGGGGAGCGCGCGAGGAUCGAGAAUGGCGACAGUGGGAGGGCGGAUGGGCGCGGGCAGAGGGAACGAGAGGCCCAUCGCCACGGCGUCGGAUCUAGAGCCGUCCGCAGCUAAGGCCUUGGAAGACGCCGCUUCUGCUGCCGCUGCCGCCGCCGCCGCAGCAGCAGGAGGAGGAAGCGGAGGUGAAGCGGAGGAUGAAGAAGCGGGAGAGGCCGUGACAGCGGUGGUGAAGGGUGCUGCUGGCGCCGCAGGUGGCGCGGAAGCGGACGAAGAGACCGCGGAGGAGGGCAAGCGCGCGGAGACGGGUCGGCAGAAGCGGGAGAAGCCCCCGCGGGUGGGGCCGAACGCCAAAUGGGGUCCCGUUAAUGGGUCCUUCGUUAUAGAUCUGGGGAAACCCAAGCACCGGCCCCUUAUGGUGACGUUAUCUCGCAAGUCCAUGAAGCACGUGUUUCUCGAUGCGACGCGGUUCGGGAAGGAAGGCGCGGAUAAAGUGGAUCCGCCUCUGGAGGUGACACGUGGCACGCUGUGCCCGGAAUUCGAGCACUCGUACGAGAACUACCCGGGAAUCGCGUCGUGCUGGCACGGGCCGCCGCUGGAGGACGUGGUGCAGGUGCCGGCGUCGCAGCCCGUGAACUGCGCGAGCCUGAAACCCAGCUGCGUGCAGGACAUGGACUUCCAGCCGCACGAACAGUGGUCCGCGCAGGUGCUGGUGCUGCACAACGUGUACGUGAACGUGGCGGGGCAGGUGUUCAACCGCACGCACCUCUUCGACGACAACAGCUGCGCCGCCGACCGCCCCUUCCACUACGCGUCCGGCCCCACCACCACGGUGCACCGCUACCGCCACCUCGUGUCGCUGGUGGACUGGUUCGCGUGGAGCCCGCGGUCGUUCCUGCUGGACGUGCUGCCCAUGUUCGUCAGCCUCGAUGCUGUCCUCCCCGCCAUGAAGCGCGUGCCCGUGGCGUUCGGGCACCGGCAGCAGCACGCGCUGAGCCAGGCGCAGCAGAUGAGCGCGUACGGCAGCACGGAGCUGCUGGGCGUGCGGCUGGAGAAGCUGAACGCGCACGUGCUCAAGGAGGGCGACCUCUUCUUCGCCGACCGCCUCGUGCUCCCGUUGCGGCAGCGGUGUGGGCGGCCGAGCAAGGCGGUGUGGGGCUAUCUGCGGUCGCGGCACCUGCUGCCCAAGGCGGGGCUGCCCAUGUACCGCCACGAUGCGGAGUUCCGAUCGACGUUCCGCAAGUGGAAGGCGGAGAAGGUGACGGGCGUGGGCGCGGACUGGGUGGUGGUGCUGGGCGUGCGCGACGAGCGCAAGCCGCUGGUGGAGACGCUAAAGCUGCAGCAGCAGAUGCUCAAGUACGUGCCGGCGCAGCGCAUCGUGCUCUACAAGGAGGGCUCGCUCUCCUUCACCGCGCGCAAGGCGCUGCUCAACCGCGCGCGCGUGCUCGUCGCCGUGCAUGGGAACAUCCUCGCUGACAUGGUCUUCAUGCCGCCCGGCGGCGCGGUGUUGGAGAUCCGGCCGCGGCGCGACGGCGAGGCGAUAUUCCACCAGCUUGCGGACGCGUGCGGGCUGGCGUACUACCUCACCUUGGCAGAGGGGCGCGCGGGGCCCAUGGGGCGCACCGCCGCCGGCAAGCCGUCGGUGCGCGACCCCAAGCAGGUGCACCGCCUGCUGGCCAUGGUGGCCAAGAAGGCCCUCGCUAAUCUGCCCACUAGCUGAUGACAGGGGGGGGGGGGGGGGCAAUGAGUGGGUGGGGAAAGGAGGGGAGUGGUGAUGUGGACAGGGAGAGGGGAAGGAGUAGCGUGGUUGGCGUGCUUAGCGGUGGCGCAUGAUGGGUGUGAUUUGAACGCCAUAUUGUGGGGUGCGGGAUUGCUGUAGAUGGGGAAGGAGGGAGGGAGGGAGGGAGGGAGGGAGGAGGCAAGGGGUCAACAAUGCUGCAACUUACUGCUACGAUUCAGGGUGCGAUGCCAAGUGCCUUGAGCUCGGCAGUGGUGGCCUCACCACCACCCUGGCAUUUGUUCCAAGUCUGUAAUUGUAUUUUUGCAAGGGGAUUCUAUAGGUGGUUGGUAGGACAAUACUAGUAGGAGCAAGUAGGUAGCGUGUGGUGAAUAGUUUGUUUAGCUUAGGCCAAACAUUACUGACGUCACAG